AUGGCACCACUCGUCUGGUUCGUCACUGGAGCCACCUCAGGCAUAGGCGCCGCACUUGUUGCUGAAAUCUUGUUGCGUGGAGACAAGGUCAUUGCAACCGGACGAAAAGUCGAGGAGCGUCUCGGUCCCCAGAUUCCAAAAUCAGACCAUGUUGUGUUUUUCGAGUUUGACGUGGCAGUGGAGAAGUCUGAGAUCGUUCACAAGGUCAACGAGGCGUGUGCUAUAUUCGGACACAUCGAUGUUGUGGUCAAUAACGCUGGAGUUUCUCUAUUGAAGAGUGUUGAGGAGGCUGAAGACGCGGACGUUAUGAAAAUGUUUCAGGUCAAUCUCUUCGGCGCCAUGCGUGUCACGCAGGCGUUUCUUCCUCAUUUCCGCGCUCAAGGCAGCGGCACUCUCGCCUUCACAUCGUCCAGCAGCGCGCGCUACACUGUACCAUUCAUGUCUCACUAUUGUGCGUCGAAAGCGGCACUGAGCACAUACGUUGAGGCCAUCCAAACAGAAGUCAGGGCCCUGGGAAUCCGAUGUGUGUCGUUCGAAUGCGGCGGUUUUCUCACGAUGCUGGGCCAGCCACGCGCCCCUGAUGCUGAUAAGCCUUCGUUUGGGUCAACUCAACCGGGUGUGGAGGCAUAUCUUCCACUGUUUGCGGAGUUCACGGGUAUCUUCAAUGUCGAUCCGGGUGACAUGGUCCCAAACGACAUGGAAAAACUAACAACAAGGAUGGUGGAUUACGUCAAGGGUGAAGGCCUGGCGAAGGGUCGACCUUGGGCUGUGCGAAUUGUUAUGGGAUCGGAUGCGUUUGCGGGAGCGCAGCAGAAAUUGCAAGAGGAUCAGAUCCUGUUAAGUCGGUGGGAGGACAUGAGUCAGAUGCAUCGCGAGGGGAGCAGGUAUAAUGAGCUUGUGGGACCAAAGAUGUUGAAGUUCAACAGUAUACUGUACUAA